AUGACGUUUGGCCAAAGCGGAAAACUAUUACCUAGGUUCAUCAAUCCCUAUGACAUCAUUGAACGGAUUGGAGAAGUUGCAUAUCGUCUUGCAUUGCCGCAACAACUCUCCGGAGUUCAUGAUGGGUUUCAUGUCUCUAUGCUUCGCAAAUAUGAAUCUGAUCCCUCUCAUGUGUUAGAUUGGACGGAGAUCGAAGGGGAUGAAGAUGUAUCUUAUGAAGAAAAACCAAUCCAAAUUUUAGAUACAACAGAGCAAGUUUUGAGAGGUAAAACAAUUUCAUUAGUUAAAGUAUUAUGGCACCUUCAUGGCAUUGAGAAAGAUACAUUGAAGCGUGAAGUUAAGCUUUUCCCUAACCAGAAAAAGGCUUUCGCGAGUCCUUUUUCCCCAGCAAAGGCAAUCCAGCAGGCCCACUCCUUCUCAAUGCAAUCUUUUGAGACAAGGAUGGCGUUGGCUGACAAGACUAGGGAUUUUACUGGUCUGCAAAAGACCAAUAAAAGCUUACAAUAA